GGCAGUCUGCGUGACUGGUCCAAUCCGCCAUGAGUGGCAGACAUGGCGCCGCCAAAGCAGGUUGCGCGAGACAUUUGCUUGCUGCUCCUGCUCUUUGUUGCUCCUGUCACGGCCUCGCUCGCACUAGAAGGCACGUUGGCUCUCGUGCUCCUGGCCAGUAGUCUUCUGGCCGUUGUUUUGGAGAUGUAUCGGCAAAGGAAACGCUGCGUGCCUUUCCCGGUCUUCCUGGUCCUUAUCUACGCGCUACAAAUGUUCAGCUGCCUGGCGAUUUUGCAUCGCCGAGUGGAUGGGGCGACCUUUCAACAUGUUGAGGUGGCACCAAGCAGCCAAGUUACCAAUGUGGGCACAACGAUGUCCAUUGUCAUGGCUGCGCACAACGAACAGAAGUAUUUGACGCGAACGUUGGAUUCCAUCCUGAAGAGCACGCCCAUAGAGCUGUUGGUGGAGAUCAUUUUGGUGGAUGAUGGUAGCAGCCCGCCAUUGGCUCCGAUGGUGUAUAACUAUCCCAUUGUGAGAUUGCUGAGACACGAACAACGGAAGGGGCUCAUCAAAUCAAAGAUGGAGGGUGGAAAUAUUGCCGAAGGAGACAUCAUCAUGUUUUUAGAUGCGCACGUUCGACCUGAAGAAGGUUGGCACAAACCGCUCCUCAAGCACAUCAACCAGAAUUACAAGCGGGUCGUGGUGCCGUUGAUUCCCAUCUUGGAUGACGCGUGGGAGAUCGACAACAACGCCGUGGGCGUGAAGAUGAUAUUUGACUGGACCCUCUUCUUCAAUUGGUUCGAAGAUGGUUCAGAUCUGGUCCCCUGCAUGAGCGGAGGUCUCUUCGCCAUCUCAAAACGUUGGUGGCACGAGUCUGGGGAGUACGACUACGGGAUGAACAUGUGGGGCGCCGAAAACAUCGAGCAAUCGAUCAGGGUCUGGCUUUGCGGCGGCGAAAUCUACGUGGCUCGCGACUCCCGGGUGGCGCAUCUCUUUCGUCGCAAAUUUCCCUACGCCGUCAACAACACGGAGAUUUAUAUCAACAAGGUGCGAACCGUAGAGGCUUGGUUUGAUGAGUACAAGGAGUACUACUAUGCAGCAGACCCCGGUGCUAAGCGCUUCAUUCCCUUCAUGGGUGACAUCUCCGAGAGGGUCGCGCUGAAGCAGAAGCUACACUGCAAGCCAUUCAGCUGGUAUGUGUCAAAGUUCAAGGAGGUCUUCGAGAGGAAAAGCAUGCUUCCAAAGGAGAUGUUCUUGAUACGGGACACUGUCACCGAGCUGUGCCUCACGGAGGAUCACGGCACCUCGCGACUCAUCGAAGUGCCGUGCAACCAGAGGGAUCGCCGCCUCCGCUGGGCCUUCACACACAAAGGUCGCAGCAUUGAACAUGUUGAAAGCAACGCGUGUUUGGAUGCCAAUGCUGGUGAACCCAACAAGUUAGGGGCGAAAGUUCUGCUCUACAAUUGCAUGGAUCAGUCCGCAAUGCAGGAAUGGAGCUUCAACAAUGGCCACCUGCGAUUCAACCAAUUCUGCGUGAACGGCAGCCAUUCGGGCGAGUUGACCCUGGCGAAGUGCGGCAACUUCCUGCAGAGCAAGGGACCCUUCGCAAUGGCGGACCAAAAGGUGCUGGGGCCACAGCGCAGCAAGCGUGCCGCGUUGUGAGUGUUG